AUGUUGCGGUACACUAUGUUGCGGUCAGCCUUUGUCAGACCAACACACGUCCCUUGGCUCCAGCCGGCGGUCUGUAUUCGGGCACAGAGCACCUACGCCAAAGCACAGCUGAAAUGCGACGACGCGCAGCAAGCUGGUGAGGAGGGUACGUCAUCCGUCUCGCCGACUGCCUCGCCACGAUGGUUCUCCGAGCUCCAGGCGCGGAUCCUGCGUCUGAAGGACGCUCCCAAGUCUCCUCGAUGCGUCGAAGAGGCCGACGGGCUGCUCCAGCAGACGAACGCGAACUGGAUGGGCCUCCUGGCCGGCAGUCAAGGUUUCCUUACCGAGCCCAGGUGGAGAGGCCUGGAUAACCACCAGGUGUUCUGGGGAGACAUGGACAGCAUGGAAGAGAGGUUGGCCAAACUGAUAGGUAAACAAACAGGACACAUCAACAACGUCAUGUACAAUCGCUACGCCGAGUCGGCCCGAGUCCAAUUCAUCCGUCACCACGGGCUCGAUGCCACGGCCGAGGAAAGGAAGCAGUGGGAGGACCUCGUGACCCCUCGCAGCCUCGGCCUCAUCCUGAAGACGAUGACAACCGAGUUCAAGUUCCCGAUGAAAUAUCCCGACAGGGUUUACGUCUUGUACAGGCUGACCGAGCCGCCAACGCCCGACUCGACAAGUCUUCGCAUGGAGUCCUGGAUUCUGUCGGACCAGCACCGUCGGAUCGCCGCAAAGGUCAUCGACGAGACGGCCAUCUACGACUACACGGUCGGCAAGGUUUCCGUGCUGAAGCCCUUCAUGGUUGAAAAGCUCAAGCGCACGUUCGCCAUGCAGGAAGAAGCCAGGGGGAAGUACGCCGAGGAAGCACGAAGGGCCAUUGAGGCCGUGGAGGCGCUGGAAUCACGGCAUGGAUGA